AUGGACUACGGCGCCUCCAUCAACGAGGCAGACGACCCUGCCGCCUCUCCCUGGGGUAACUCGCCCGCCUCUUCUCCCCAGCGUGCCCGCGCGCCGCUCGGGAACUUCAGCGACGACCCUCCUCCCCUGCGAUUCACGCCACAGCCGUCCAACGGCUUCGACGAUGCCCUGGGCAGCCCUCGGGGCUUCCAGAGACCAGGCACCGUCACCACGUCGUCGGAGACAGAGGGAGGAGGGUCGGAGCCUGCCACAGAUACCGCCGCCGUUUCCUCGCGCGAGUCGGAAGCGCCUGGGGAGGGCGACGAUGCCGCCGCAUCGCACGACGCUACCGCGCUCGGUGCUGACAAUCAACGGCCUGCCGCUGCUGCUGCUGCUGCUCCCGCCGUCGCCACUCCCCAGCGGGAGGCCCCCAAGCCUACCAAACCGCAGUAUCGACUGCAGGCCAAGGUCACCGGACUUGAGCGCACUGGGAAGAAGGACCCCAUCAUCCGUUUCGAUGUCUACACAAACCUGCCUCGGUUCCGCACGACGCAAUACCGAGACGUGCGCCGACUACACUCGGAGUUUGUCAAGCUCGCGCAGCAUCUUGUAUCAGCCAAUCCCGAGGCCCUGGUCCCCGCCAUGCCGCCGUCGGUGACGUCGGCCGGCGCCGGGACCGACGAGGACGAGGCUCGCGUCAAGGCCCUCAUCCAGCGCUGGUUCAACUACGUAUGCAGCAACGAGACCCUCAUGAAGGAUGACGAGAUGAUUCUCUUUGUGGAGAGUGACUUUGGCUACAGCCCCCUCGUCAAGAUGAAGCAGCCGGCCACGGGAGUCCGGAGGAAGAUUCUCAAGCAAUUCGCGCCGCCGCCCGAUGACACUCUGGAGCUGGCGGAUGCCCGCCCCACGGUCAAGCUGUUCUAUCUCGGAUCCAUGGAUGCCGGCCACAAGGUGGACAAGCUGGUCAAGGCCCGCAGAGGCCUGGGACUAUCCGAGUCCGAGUUCGGUGUCAAGCUGGGCAGCAUGAGCGUGCAGGAGCCCCACCCGGGACUGGCGAAUGCGUACCGGAAGCUGGGCAAGGCAAUCCAGACCAUGGGCGACUACCACGCGGCGCAGGCGACGGCGGAGGCGACGACGAUCGGCGACCCGUUCCAGCUGCAUUCGGAUGACGCCUUCAUUGUCAAGGAGACCCUGACGAAUCGGCAGAUACUGAUGCGCGAGUUCAUCCAAGCGCAGGAGGCGACGCGCAGCAAGCUCAACGCCGCCGACCGACUGAAGGCCGGGUCGAGCGUGCGGCGCGAAAAGGUGGACGAAGCCAUCACGGCGCUCGACGAGGCCCGUCACCACGAGACGUACCUGCACAACAAGACGACGGCCGUGACGCAGAACCUGGUGCACGAGCGCCGCAAGUGGUUCGCGCGCACGGCGGCCGACCUGCGCAGCAGCAUCCGCGAGCUCGUCCUCCGCGAGAUCGAGGCCGAGCGCCGCACCCUUGCCCUGCUCGAGAACAUCCGCCCGGACAUCCGUGCCAUCGACGCCUCGGGCGGCCUCAGCCGCCUCGGACGCGAGGCCCACCCCACCUCCCGCCGCUCCAACCUCGCCGCCAGCCAGGGCCCCAAGGGCGACGCCUGGAGCGGCGUGCCCCGCCGCUCCGACGCCACCUCCCGAACCACCUCUACCGGAAGCCUGAUCAGCGGCUUCCCCGGUGCCGACCCCGACCAGCUCCAUCCCGAAGGGCAGGACUCGGAUAUCGCCACCGUCCAGCCCGCCUCCUUGACCGGCCCCGCCGCGACUACUUCCCCGGACGACGACGAUGAUGACCGUCUCGACGCCAGGAAUGCUGCUAGCAGAUUGGCCACUAGCACUUUUUGA